AUGAUCUCGGGAUCUGAACCUGAAAGUGACAAUGACUUUCAGACGGCAUCUCCGGGAUCUGACUCGGAAAGUGACGAUGAUGUUGAGACCAGCGAACCAUUACCCACCCUGAGCGAUAUCGAAGAUGGCGUGAUAUACGAGCGUGACGUCGACGUUCAGAGAGCUGACGAGAAUGGUGUGCUGAUCCCAUGUGAAAACGAGAAUACCGAUGUCCUAGAUACCAACAAUCCAUUGGUAGACGAGUCGCCCAUCGUUUCUGUCGUCCGAUUUGACACCGUCGUGACCAAAUUCUGCCAUUUUCUCGUUGCAUGGUGUCGUGACAUCGCCUGGUCCCAGUUCCAGGAGCUCGAUAAUGACCAGCCCAUUUGCGUCUCGGCCUUCAUCAUUCUUUUCAACUCCGAUCCGGAUAUUCUCGCACAGCGAGUCUUGGCCUACGUCCCAUCUUCGGUCAAAGCGAUCCUCAGACGAGCCAACCUAUCACCUCACGAUCUCUUGCCAUUACUUUCCGCAGAGUCACACCGAGAUGGCGGCUGUUACAUCAAUAUUGCAACCGGCACUACGAAAGUCGAUCCGCAUCCUCCACCUUCAGCAUCUGGCGCGUCCGCUACGCGGCCGCGCCCCCGGACGUUAAGCGUAAACAACAACAACAACAAUGUCGACUCCAAAUUCGUUAUCAUCGCGAGCAUGCCCCUUGAGGGUAACCGUACCAUCUGCCUCCUCCUCGAAGCAGUUUUCCAGGCAUACCUCAACAUCGUAGGAGAUACCACGGCAGUACGGCAAUGGCAUCGGCCAGCUGUCCUCCUCUUCAUCGCGAAAAUGCGGGCAGACACAUCGAUUCCCCUUCCAGACUUCUCCGCCUACGGCCUCAAUGCGGCGUGGUCACUAAUGCAGGGAGGCUUUAGCAUCCCAAAGGCCAUCCGAGACCAAGGUUGCAAGGUCUGCGGAAAGAAGAAUAAGCGGAUGUCGCGGGAACGGGCUCGGAGAUGGAAAUCGGGAUAAUCCAGGCCGAACGGAGCACAACAGAUCACGAGUUCGUUCUUCCAACACCUGGCUGGUAUUUGGAGGUUGCACACAUCAUGG